AUGGGGUUUCAGUGGGGUUCGAUGCUGGCGUAUGCAGAAAUGGAAUGCGAAUCACUCAUAGAUUUCAACAGCCCCUUGAAGAAGGGGAGUAAUAUGUUAGAUCCACUAGUUCCUCUUCCUCAGGCAAACAAUGUUCAAGAAAAUAUUGGUGCCUCAACUGUAGGAGAUAAUCCAUUUGAUAAUGUCAUUUUACAAAUAUGCAAACUUGAUGAUCCAUUUGAAAUUACUGAAAAAAAGGCACUUGAGCGCAACAAAAAUAAGCAGGUUUCUCAAAACAAAAUGGUUGAUCAGAAAGAGUCUAACAAAAAGGAACCAAACAUACAGAAAGAAGAAACAAAUAAUAGAUUAAAAUCUGGAUCUAAAAGUAAAUGUGGUUCACCUCAGUGCAAAUUGAGUUCUAGUUAUGAUGCUUCUAAUUUGAAGGUUUCCAGUACACCAGAAAAGAAACAAAAUAAGUCUCUCAAUGAAAAAUCACUGUCUGAAUCAUGUCUUAGCCCAACAAUUGGAAAACUUGACAGAAAAUUUUCAAAAUUAUAUUUAAGUGCCCAACUUGAUAAACAGCUUCUGGAUGAGAGUUCAAGAUGCAUGCUAUCUGCAGAUGAAGACACAUCUCUUUUAAAUGUUUCUAAAAUAGAGAGAUCGUGUGAUAAAUCAUUAAGAUCUCCCAUGAAUUUUCCUAAGGGGAAAGAGGAAGUCAAGGCCUUUGUGGCAAAUCGUAUUGAAAAAUGCAUUGAAAAAGCUCUUAAUGAUAGCAGAAGAUCUGUAAACAGUAGUUUUCAUCACAGAAGGUCAUUAUCAGCAACUUCAUUGUAUACAGGAUCUGCACUUCAUCCUGAAAAUCCAUAUAACUACAGUUUCUUAAGACCCACCUUAGAGCCAUCAAGUGCUGCUUCUAUGUAUAGAAAUCGCAGUUUCUCAAACCAUGAUUUACAUUCAUCAUUCAAUACAAAAAUGUGGGGAAGUCAGCACAAUAUUCUUGACGGAUAUUCUGGAGAAAUGUUAUCUAAUACAGCCAGUCGCUUUAAUACUGGAUUCAGGAAAAGCACUGCAACUUCAUCAAUGUAUUCAAGUUAUGGAAUUGGUGAUAUUGGUUUUCGGAGAAGCAUGACUUCUUUGUCAAGUUAUCGUCCAUCAAAUACUUCAAUUGCAAAUAUCUCAUGUCAGGGAAAUGGAGAUGAAAGUGUGUUUGUGAAAGAUGAUUUGGUUGUUAUGGGAGGAAAAUCAUCAACAUGUGUAUUUAUGGAAGCAAAGAAUUUAUCUUCUAUCAUACAAAGGCGAGCCACAGCUGAAGAUGAUGAACCUCUUGAAGCAGAUAUUAACUUUUUGACGGAUGACAACUUUCAAAUAGAGUUAGUAGAUUCUGACUCUUCCUGUUCAGAAUUCGACGAUGAUGAAGGGAAUUCUGAACAAAGGAAACCAAAACAAAAUUCUGAAAAAGGGCUGAAAGUGGAAGGUAGUAGUCCCUCAAACAUUGAAGACAUUCCAUCUGGUUCAAAUGUUCAUCCUCCGUUGUCUUGUGAGAAGAUAGCAGUGAUGGGUUUACAGUUGAGCUCUCAGACCAGAAAACCACGUGGUCCUUUGCUGGUCCCCCCUCCUCCGGUUCCAUUGGCCCCUGCUUCAAAUAACAGGAACCUGGUUCUCAAACCUAAAUCACAAGCUGAAAGUAAAGUUGGGAAGAGAGGCCCUAUGAAAGCUAUGAUUCCAGUGGGCAAUAUGAUGCGUCAGGAAGCAAGGAAAGAAAAUGUGCCAUCAAAACAAGUGAUUGGGCGAGUGCCUAAGGGUGAUCUUAAAUUGAUUCCCAAUAAUCUGAGAAAAAGUGAGUCAGCAAGAGAUAAAUUGCAGAAGGACAACUCUACUCCUGAUGGGGUUCUUCCUUUGGUAUCACCUGCAGUUGGGCUGCAGGUUUCCCACAUUGCCAAGGAUACCCCUGUAGAUCCUGCACGCAAACGUUCAAAGUCUGCUGGUACCACAGCUUCAGCAGGACCUGAAACAGAAUCUCACCUCACAACCACCCCAGCUAGAAAACCUACUCGUCAUGUUAGGUCGAAGAGUGGUCUUGCAAAUAGCGAACUUACCAGGAACAGUUUCGGAAAAAACAAGACGCAGUCCCCUGACCCCAUUUCUCCAGGACAGAUGCCUGUAUGCACUUCUACACCAUUGAAAUCGUUAACUAAAAACUCUCCAUCCCUCAAUCGAGCAAAGAAGCCAUCGCCAGUAAGAAAGUUGCUUCAAAAAGACAAUACUCACAUGGAGAAAGAAAACCGUCAACCUCGAUUGAUGGAACAGAAGCAACGUCUUUCUUGGAGAUCAAGAUCAUCUACAAGAAGAACAGAAGUUAAUUAGUUCAAGGGAUUGAAAGAUCUGUAUUGUCCUUAUGUAAUUAGUUCAUUCCACUAUUUUAUUUAUUUUUACUUAUGCUCUCUGAAUAAUUUUUCUUGCACAGUUAUAUAACUUAUGGCUUUUGACCUUUUACUGUACAAAUAGUUUUGAAAUUUUUAAAUAUUGAAUUGACUUCAAAACGUUCUCUACAUGAUUGAUCUCAAGAAAACCAUUAUUUCAAUUAAAGAACAUUUCAAUAAGAAUGUGCUUCAUUGAAUCUAUUUUUAUCUUAGUAUACACAAGACAAAUGACUUACAUUUUUGUUCCUUUGAACAUAUUUUAGACUAAUGGAGUUCAUUGUUACAUCUCGGUUAUUGAUUUAUUACUGUUGUUUCUUGCUUGCUUUUGUACAAGGGUCUUAGGAUUAAGUUUUUAAUUGCAUUUAAUGACUAUUUGACCUCACAAUUUCUAAAAAGAAAUCUUUUUACUUACAGCAUACAGUACUUUCUUGAUGUGGAAGGUAGAGGGAAUGGUAUGUGUAGAACAUUGAACAUUAUGUUGCUGGUAAAAAUAUUUUGAAAUAUGUUUUACAUAUACCACAAAUAAAAGUACUCGGGCUUAAUAAUAGGUUUGAUAGGUGUUUUAAAACAUCACAAGUUGAAUUUUAAAGUGCAGCUCAUUAACAGAUGUAAGUGAUGAUGAGAAAUGUGUGUACACGUCUAGUCAAACAGUGAUGCAUACUGAAGAAUUUGAGAUAAUAAUCUUGGAAGAUGCACUUGCACUAUGCACUUAAUGUGGUGACUGGGGGACAAAAUUAUAUUGGUUUUUAACUUAAUGUAAAUACAUACUUUUACACAAAAAAGUUGGUUUUAUUUCCCUAUGUGACCCUAAGUUAUUGUUCUCUCCAAGAAUUAACUACGUGAAGUUGUGCAUGAUUAAUAAAAUGUUUUUUAUAAAAUUUCUCUAAUAUUAUAAUAAAGCAUU